AUGGAUGGUUGGGAUUGGUUUGGAGCUGCGAUCCAAAAGACAGUAAGGGAAGGCAAUGAUACACUGUUUUGGAUUGAGAAGUGGGUGGGGAAUCAACCAUUGGAAUCUCGGUUCCAUAGAUUGUUUAAUUUAUCAAAACAGAAAUGGUGUAGUGUGAAGAACAUGGGUACAUGGAGUAACGGGGAAUGGAAUUGGGAAUUUAAAUGGAGAAGGAAUUUACAGGGGAGGGAGCGAAUGCGGCUGCUGGAACUAUUGGAGGAAGUGAGGUCUGUGAGCUUGGUGGAGGCUAGGCCUGACAAGUGGACAUGGAGCCUUGAAGGGGCUGGUGUAUAUUCAGUUAAUUCCUCUUAUCUGUUUUUGCAGGAAAAAGAAUUGGGUGAGCGUGACUCAGUCUUGGCGUCGAUCUGGUCUGUACCUGCACCUUCUCAUGUUCGUGCUUUCGCUUGGAGAAUGGUCCAGAAUCGUGUGCCAACAAGGGACAAUCUAUUUAGAAGACAAGUGCUGGGAACUGAAGAUGAUCUGUUAUGUCCACUGUGCCAUCAAACAGGGGAAACAAGUAGGCAUUUAUUUUUUUCAUGUCCAAUCUCUUUAAGCAUUUGGUACUUUUGCUACGCCUGGAGAGGUCUUGAUGCGGUGCUGCCUUCUACACCAAGUGAGCAUUUUCUCCAAUUUCCAAUGAGUGGAAGGCCUAAGUCACAACAAGUUGGUGAAUUGGCUAUUUGGCUGGCAGCUACUUGGACUAUAUGGACUAUGCGCAACAGGAUUAUUUUCCAAGGUGCAACCCUGGAACUUGGGAAUAUAUUGGAGCUAGUUCAAGUGAAGUCGUGA